AAGAACAGAAAGUAUAAAUACCACCGAUGCGUGCAAACUGAAGCGGUGCUGCUGAGCGGUACAACAAGACUCACUGGCUUUGGGAACCAGACAGGACGACUCAGACUGACAUUAAACAACAGACAUACUUUGACUGAGACUGACUCCUCAGCGCUGGGAAAUCACUUUUCAUCUGGAGACAGCUCUGACUUUGAUAACAUACUGUCUCGAUUGGAGAAGGUGCGGCACCUCCCAGAGAUAAAGGACAUACAUUGUAAUCAGUUCUUUAAUUUUUAUACCACUUCUCAAAGCUACUUCUCUGUAGAAGAUGUGUUGCACUGUGCGUUUGCUCUUUUUAUCCGUGUGCGUAAUGAACGCGGCGCUCUCCACUCCAUUUGAAUCAGAGGAUGUUGUACCUGUUCGGAUAAACGCAAGAACGAACGGUCGCUUUUGGAAAAGAAGCGAGGAUCAGCCGAGAUUUGUCCUCAGAGCCUUUGGCGAGGACUUGACUCUAAACCUUGUACCAGAAACCAGCUUUAUCUCUCCUUCCUUCACCAUACAGCGAAUCAGAGCCAGAGAUGCUGGCGCUCUACGCAGCGCUUCAGGUGCCAAACCUGCGCUGCACCAAGACCUCCAGAUGUUCACGAGCCAGACAGAGGGCAGUGACGGGCACCUGAGGGGCUGCUUUUACUCCGGGGACGUCGGUCAAGAUCAAAAUUCGGUUGUGGCUGUUAGUUUGUGCUCCGGGAUCUUCGGCUCCUUCAUCACAGAGGGGAAAGAGUAUUUAAUUGAGCCCAAACUUAUCGGGGGCCGAGGUCCAGACUCGACCGAGCAGCUGCAUGUCAUCAAGAGGAGGACAUUCGCCAGAGGCCACGGUGCUUCCCUGCGGUUUGAUCGCGCGGCGGAGGACAGCCGAGCGGAGAAGCGCGACGGGGAAAGUUUUACGCAAGGCGACAGUGACUCACGGAGGGAACCUCGCAGGAGACGCUUUGUUUCCGCGCCACGGUUCAUAGACACCCUGGUGGUAGCCGACUCAACCAUGACCCACUUCUAUGGAGAUGAAAUAAAGCACUACAUUCUGACCCUGAUGUCCAUGGCAGCCCAGCUGUACAAGCAUCCCAGCAUAAAGAACUCAGUUAACAUCGUGGUGGUGAAGAUGUUGAUAGUGGAGGAUGAGGAGGUCGGCCCGGAGGUCUCCAGCAAUGGAGGUGUGGCCCUGAGGAAUUUUUGCUCCUGGCAGCAACUCUUCAAUCCACCGAGCCAGAGACACCCAGAGCACUAUGACACUGCCAUGCUGUUCACCAGAGAGGACAUCUGCGGACAUAAGAGCUGCGACACGCUGGGUGUGGCUGAUGUCGGGACUAUGUGUGACCCCAAGAGAAGCUGCUCCGUUAUCGAGGACAACGGCCUGCAGGCUGCCUUCACAGCUGCACAUGAGCUUGGUCAUGUGUUGAGUAUGCCCCACGACGACUCCAAGACCUGUGAGAGGCUGUUCGGAGAUCUGGGAGGACAUUACCUGAUGGCUCCACUGUUGGUCAGCCUCAACAAGACCACACCCUGGUCUCCCUGCAGUGCCCUCUACGUCACGGAGUUCUUUGACAACGGACAUGGGGACUGCCUGCUGGACGUCCCAGAGAGCACCAUGCCAUUACCCAGUCAGCUGCCAGGCACCAAGUACAGCCUGGACCAACAGUGUCAGCAGAUCUUUGGAGAGGAGUUUAUCCACUGCCCCAACACCUCAGACAGCGACGUGUGCAGCCAGCUUUGGUGUCAAGAGGACGGGACGGCGCAGUGCUCCACCAAGAACGGCAGCUUGCACUGGGCUGACGGCACCGGCUGUGGCAUCAAUGGGACCUGUCUCCACGGCGCAUGCAUGUCCACCCAUGAGGUGAUGAAGCCACUGGUGGUAGUGGACGGGGGCUGGAGCUUGUGGGGACCUUGGCAGCAGUGCUCCAGAACAUGCGGAGGUGGAGUGGAGUUCUCCUACAGGGAGUGUGCUGACCCCGUGCCUCAGAACGGAGGGAAGUACUGCGAGGGACAGAGGGUUCAGUAUCAGUCCUGCAACACGCAGCCCUGUGACAACAACGAGGGGAAGAGUUUCAGAGAGGAGCAGUGUGAGAAGUACAACAGCCUCUAUUACCUGGACUACAAUGGAAACAUGAAACAGUGGAUACCAAAGUAUGCUGGAGUUUCUCCCAGAGAUAGAUGCAAGCUGUUCUGCCGGGCCAGAGGCAGCAGUGAAUUCAAGGUGUUUGAAUCCAAGGUGAUCGACGGCACGACCUGUGGUCCUGACACCACGUCGGUGUGUGUCGUGGGCCAGUGUGUGAAGGCAGGCUGCGACCAGGUGAUUGGAUCCAACAAGAGAGUGGAUAAGUGUGGAGUGUGUGGAGGAAGUGGGCUCACCUGUCGGAAGAUCACAGGCUCCUACAGCAAAGCAACCUAUGGAUACAGUGAUAUUGUCACAAUUCCCACUGGUGCCACUAAUAUCGACAUCAAACAGCGGAGCAACAGAGGGAUCAAACAUGAUGGGAACUACCUGGCUAUAAGGAGAGAGAGUGGUGGCUACAUCCUCAAUGGUAACUUUUCCGUAUCCACUGUGGAGCAGGACAUUCCUGUGCUGGGUGCUGUGCUGAAGUACAGUGGCUCCUCCACCACGCUGGAGAGGAUCCAAAGCUUCCGGCAACUAAAGGAGGCUAUCACCAUCCAAAUCCUGGCCACUGCAGGGGAUGCCAACCCACCUAAGGUCAAGUAUACCUUCUUCAUCCCAAGAGAUGUGACCUUCAAUAAAUCCAAGGAAAGGAAGGGCUCGUCACAAUCACUGCAUAUGAUCCAUCCCUUCGGUGUGCCUGAAUGGGCGCUGGGGGAGUGGUCUGAGUGCUCCAAGAGCUGCGGCUCCGGAUGGUCCAGGAGGAACGUUGACUGCCGAGACAACGCAGGCUUCUUCUCCAGCCAGUGUGACAAAGACCUGAAACCUGUGGACAUACGGCCCUGCGGGGAUCUGCCAUGUCCCAUCUGGCAGUUGGGACCUUGGUCCACCUGUUCACGAACUUGUGGCCAGGGGGAGCGCCGCCGCAGUGUCUUCUGCACAGACUACACUGGGAAUAUUACUGAGCCAGAGAAGUGUGACCCAAACAAAAUCCCAGCGCCAGUCUCUGGAGAAUGUCUCAACGAGGAGUGCUUAUGAAAACAAUGAACUUUCCUAUUUUGGUCCAACUGCACUUACUAAUCAUGGCUGAAUUACUGGUCAAGACAUUUUGGGCACAGUAACUUCAAAGAGACACAAAAUACCAUGAAGAUACACAAAACAACCACAUAAGACAGAAUAGGAGGAGGUGCAAAAUGACUAUGAAGAGACGCAAAGAGAAUACAAAUCAAAAAAACUACACAGAGACAAUCAAAUGACUAUAAAAGGACACAAAUGACAACAAAGAGAUACAACAUGACAAACAACAUUUCUGAGUCAUUUUCUGUGUGUUUCUGAGAUUCUGACAGGACUGGGUUCUACGUUAGAGGAGUAGGGGGGGCUUUUGAAGGCAUGUGCCCAAGGGCCCAUUGUCUCAUAAUCUGUUCAUGUUACUAACUGGUUGCAUCUAGUCCCAUCAAGGGCAUAUGCCUGUGUUUUUUUUGUUUUUUUUGCUGUUUUACAUUUUAAAACCACUAUUGAGAUUUGAAACAAUGGAAAUCUACCUCAUGUGAUGUAUAUAUACUAGAUGAAGGUGCUGUGUGUGUUUGUGUGUGUGUGUGUGUGUGUGUGUGUGUGUAUCCUGGAGAAUGAGGAGUUUUGUUGUCCUGCUUUAAACAGAAAGUAACUUUAUGACAAUAAGGUUUGGUCAAAUAUGCGGUUUGUUCAAGUGUUGGGGAGUUAGGUGUCAUUUAAAGUGAGGCUAGAGCAAUGGCAUGAAACCUUCUGUAAAACACCAGCACAGUGUAAAUAUACCUCCGCUUGUCCUCUAAAGCACUCUAUCCUCUAUGAAGCUUUGAUUAACCUAUGGUUGGGGUUUGUCCAUAUGAAUCAGGCCUUGUGAUUCAAGGCUUGAGAGAAUGCGCUCCAGUUGGAUUCCUUAUUUUUCUGCAUAUAUACCAAGAUGUGAUGUGAUAGAAACCCCAUGUUUUUAUUCAGAAACUUUAGCAAUGUUUAACUAUAGGGAAACCAUUGAUUGACACCUAAUCUGACAAUAUAUUGGACUUCUAGUUAUAGUCCACAUCAGAACAACCAUCCCCCAAGUAAUAUAAUAUAAUGCACAGAAACAGUGGUACAAUCAGUUUGCAAUGAAACUAUUAUAUACUUUGGAGGUGUUAUUACUAAGUUAUUAGCAUACUAUCUUAUCGUGUAUAUGAAAAGUAACAUUGAUUUUAUUAUUUUUCAGACUUUUGUCAAUGCAUCCUAUGCAAACCCUCACAGUUGUUUUCAGACUCUGGUAUGUGUAUAUUUGAUUUCUUCAUUUCUGUUGAUAAUUUACAGUAUAUUAUAAAACAGAUGAAGUAUUAGGCCUUAUAUCCCUUCAGUGAAGGACCAUACUAUUUUAUUAUUACAGCUUCCUUUUUAAGCUAUUUAUUUUUGUAAAGUUUUUAACUUGGACAUGUAAUUAAAAUGGCAAGUGCUGCUGUCUUUGAGAAUUUUGUCAUAAAAAUUGUCAAAUAAACACAUUUGUCAAUA